AUGACUUCUUCUCCGCAUGCGUCGCAGUAUCCUGCACCACCAGACGGCCAGGACCCGCAUAAUUACACGCCCUUGUAUCCCAACGGGCAGGUUCUCGACGGUCAGGCACCGUCGUCGCGCAUAGCCUACCCGCAAGAAGCCGCAUACCCGAAGCUCGAGAAUAUCAACGAGGUGCUCCAGGCCCAGCAGGCUCUCCAAGCGAACCAUGCCUUGAAUCCUCCGCUGCCGCAGCAGUCCAAGCCGAACCGCCUGCGCAAAGCUUGUGAUUCGUGCAGCAUUCGCAAAGUCAAGUGCGACGAAUCGGGCCCGCCGUGUAGAGCGUGCCUCGCGCUGGAGAUUCCAUGUACCUUUGAGCGCCCGAGCCGACGACGCGGACCGCCCAAUAGGCAUGCCGAAGCGAUCAAGAAGCGCAGGAUAGGCGACCUGGACUCCGAGUCGUCGACGCCGCAGUCUCCUACCAAUGCCGCCCAUGCGCUGGCGCAACUGCAGUCGUCGCAUCCAGCCCAGCUCUCCGCCGAAGAGAUAUGCGCCCUGCCCACCCUGAACGCCCUCAUCGACGACUUCUUCACCUUCAUACAUCCGCUAUGUCCCUUUCCGCACGAGCCGUCAUUCCGCGAGGCAUGGGGGCAUAGGGAGGACCUGACGAAUCCGUCGUUCCUCGCCUUGCUGGCGUCCAUGAUCGCGGUCCUCGUCGCGUCCUUCCCUCGAAAACCACGCCUCCAUCUCAACACGCAGACGCGACGCGAAUACCCAAAUCACCUCUCCCUCGUCGACAAGUGCCGGGACGUGUGCGCGCGGGCGCGAGGGCCUGGCUAUCUCGACCGGCCCUCUUUGAACGUGUACGACGCGUGUACCAGCUACUUCCUCGGCUUGACCGGAGCCUACGUAUUCCAAUGGCGGCAACUGCGACUGUACCUGGCCGAGUGCCUGACCAUCAUCCGCUCCCUGGGUCUCCAUAAACCCGAGGCUCAGGGCUAUACCUAUCUCGGUGGCAUGCCGAGUGCGUGGGGCUCCAACGGACCGAACCACGACGGCUCGAGAGAGUUUAAAGUAGACUACAUCACCGAGGAGAUUGGUCGGCGCGUCUUCUGGACGGUCUUUGUGGGCGUGCGGACCAUACAACAGCUCGGCGCUUCUUUCGGAGAGCUGAUGAUUGCGCCUGCAACACCUACCGAGCCUCUACCACCACUCCCCCGAGAAGUCGACGAUGUACACAUCUUCCCAAAUGAGAUACAACCGCAGCGUGAAGGGGUCGUCUCCAUGCUCACUGGGUUCAACAUCAAUGUGCGCAUCUUUCUGUCAUACUCGUCGCUAGCAACGGCGGAGAUGGCAUUUGGCAUUGACGAGAUAUUCGACUGGGAUCGGCAACAACAGAUCUUCGCCCAAAGCCUGCAGCGCUGUAGGCAGAUUCUGGACAGCCUACCAGAGGUGCUCAAAGUCCGGCCAAAGUCCAGCAGCAAUAAUGGGCUCGAACAGCAGAAACCCUACUACCCGCCCAUGCCAGAAUACUCUGGGAUGCGAGACCCCGCCAUGGACACACAUCACAAACCGGAAGCGCACGAACUGCGACGCUACGAGAUCCAGAAAGCGAACAUCUACGCCAGCCAUCUGUCCACUCGCUCGCACCUUGUGGAAAAGUACUUCCUUCAACUGGAUAAGUAUCAGCGGUCGAAGGGCCAAGCUGGUGCGCAAAACACGUCCAACGUCCUCGCAGCAGGAAUCGACAGGUUUGUAUCCGGAACGACAACCGACUCCGACGCGCUCGAAAAGGCAAUGUCAGAAGAGCGCGAACAAGUGGUCAAAGACCUCCUCGUGGUCCUGGGCAGCAUCGACAUGGUCAACAUGGAGCCCAACGGCGACUCCUUUGUAAGUCUCUACGUUUACUUGCAAAACUCAGAUUUCCUCUACCCCGUCCAUGAGAUUGACGACUACGUCAUCUCCAUGUCGACACGUGAUUUCUUUCGCCCAAACACCAUCAGCCCGAUCGCAAGCUUACGGUUCAUGUCGACACAGACGCAGAAGAUUCGCUCGAUUGCUAGUACCCUGCUUGAGGUGCCGAAGGAGAGACGGGGGAGUGUGGCGUUGCAGCAUCAGGAUUACCUUUACAAGUUUUUGGAUAUUUUGAGUAAGUUGGAGAGGGUAAGUCCUGAGGCGAGUGAUCCGAGUGGCGCGUUGGAUGAGGAGAGUGAAUUGAGGCUUUGGGCGGAUUUGAGGGAUCAUCAGUUGAGGUUCCAGGAGCAGGGGGGUGUUUAUGGGUUUUCGUGA